AUGGAGGGCUGCAAACAAGGCUCCGUGCUCGACGGGCGUUGUGCUUGUUCAGACUCGCAAAAUCUUGCCUCUAUUUUACUCUCUGCUUCUCAGUUUGACUUUGUGGAGAGAUCGAUUUGCGACCAGCUCAAGCUCAGAGUUCAACUUGCACGCUUUCAGCCGCGCCACCAUCAACACUUCAGCUCAACGAGCGAGAACAGCAAGCAAGCAGCGUAUCACUGUGCCGACGUCUUCUCCCGAGCUCCCUCCGCCGCUCAUACUCGGGCGCCGUCCAGCGCUGCACCCUCACGAGCACCAACUCAGGCUUCAUCAUAUGCCGCUUCACGAGCCAUAUCUCAUUCAGGUACUCCAUCUACAUGCUUCCAGCGUUUCGCUAAUCAUGGUGGCGGUGGAGCCCGUGUCGUCACGUUUCAUCAGGGUCAAAGCCUCCAUGUCCAGACUCGCGGGCAUGUCGCACCCACGAGUGGUGGCGGCUACACCUACACGCAGGACGUGACCAUCACGUCGUCCGCUCCGAAUACAACACGGGAAGGUCCACCUCGGAGCCACAGAGUAGCUUCGUUAGCUUUGCCCAGCGGUGGCGCUCGGCACCUCUACACUGUGCAGGAAUCGCGGCCGCAGAGCGUCAUGUCGGCUACUCGGUCUCUAGCCAUCACUCCAUCGCAGACCGCCUCACGAUAUAGCUUUACUCCAGCACCGCCAUCAAGAUCACAGACCGCGGCACCUUCGCAUACCUCGUCACGAGUUCAUCAGGGGGAUGGUCGUCCACGCAGUGUCACCUUUGUGCCCCUGCCGUCAUACACCUCUGGGUCGAGGCACUACCCACCAGCAUCCGGGCACGGGCGGGCAGCGAGAAUGCCGCCGCAGGGUUUCGUGAUCGGUGAGGUGGCACCAAGUGCGGCCUCCCGAGCGCCAUCGACGGUGGCGCCAGAGAGCUCGAUAAGCAACCAAGGACAAGAUUUGGAUUCUGGCCCCUUUGAUUCUCAAUACUCUGCUGUCGGGGACCUCUCCAGGCUGAGCACACACCACCGAGUGAAGAUUUGGUCAUGA